AUGGCGACCGCCGCCGCCGUACUUCCGUCGUCGACGCCCUCGUCAGCGACGCUGCACUCCUCAUUAUCCAGCGACAAUGAGUCGCCCGCAAUCCACUCGCGUGCUGCACAUACCAACACCAACGGGCACACUCUCAACCACACUCAUACCACAACAUCCCUGACCGACACCUCGCAAGCCCUCGCAGACGCAACUGCGCUUCUUAGCUCACAUGCGGCGCUGCUCCACCGCGAGCGACUGAAGCAAGAGGAGCGGCGCAAGCGUUUGUUAGAGUUGCAGUUGGGUGCGCGUGUGGAGGCAUUGCAGGCCUUGCCCCUGAUUCCGGUUCCCGAUGCUAGUGGCGAAAACCACGAGGAAGAGGAGUAUCCAGGCUCAUAUGACUCUGAGGAGGAGGAGGAAGCAUACCGUGGCCCGGACGUGCAUGACGACGACGACGAUGAUGAUGAUGAUGAUGAGGCCGACUGGGCGGAGCAGCAGCGGCUCAACCGCCCUGACCUACCGCCCGCAAAGCGUGCCCGGUUGCAGCGCUAUAAGAACUACGUCCCCGAGGAAGAAACGAUUCGCAACGACUACUCGCAGCGGUAUGUCGACUCAGGCGAAUGGCCACAAAACUGGGUCCUGGGUGCGGAGCCCGAGCGGCGCUUCGAGGAGUACCCGAAGCAGCAGCGCCUGCUGCAACUAAAAAAGGCGUCGGUGAAUCAAUAUUCGCUACCGCCUACUUAUAUCCCACUCAUCUCAAACUCGGACGUAAACACCUCACUAUCUACCCUCCACCCGUCCAAAUUCGACGUCAUCCUCAUUGACCCGCCCUACUCCUCCAGUGGAUUUACCUGGGACAACGUGCAAGACUUGCCCAUCCCAUCGCUCGCGGCGGACCCCAGCUUCGUCUUCUUGUGGGUCGGCAGCGGCGCGGGCGAGGGCCUUGAGCGAGGUCGCGAGGUGCUGGCGAAGUGGGGGUACAGGCGAUGCGAAGAUGUCGUGUGGGUGCGUACGAAUAAGGAGAAGGGAGAGGGGGAAAGAGGCCCAGGAAUGGACCCGCCGACCACGUCCAUGCUCACGCGUACGAAGCAACAUUGUCUGAUGGGCAUCCGUGGCACGGUGCGUCGGUCGACGGACAGCUGGUUUGUGCACUGCAACGUUGACACGGAUGUGAUCGUUUGGGAGGGCGACCCGCUCGACCCGACGCGCAAGCCGCCCGAGAUGUACACCCUGAUUGAAAAUUUCUGCCUCGGCAUGCGGCGCCUCGAAAUUUUCGGCAAGCUGGGCUCGUCGCUGCGCCGCGGGUGGGUCACUGCGCUCUCGCCGGGGCAGGAGAAGGCUUUGCCUGCAGACGGCAGAGUCCGUGUGCCCGACGUGACGGGUAUGGUGAUGAAUAGUAAUGAGAGUCGUAAGGACAAGGAAAAAGAGGAGGAUAAAGAGGGUGGCACCUCUGACCACGCCCCUAACGACUCGCAAAGGGACACAGACGACGCGCAGAUGGAGACCGACGCCGACGCCGACAGCGCGAGUGCCAAUGCACUCCCUGGCAUUGUCGCGACGCGGUGGAACCAGGACACAUGGGAAGAGGGACUGCGCUCGCUCGCGGCUGCUGCUGCCGCUGCACCUGGGACGAUCGCACCUCCUGCGAGCGCGAGCGCGAAUGGCCAGAGUAAGGCGGUGGUGCCCAUGUCCGCCGAGAUCGACGCGUUGAGGCCCAAGUCGCCUGUGCGUGGUGGUGGUGGCAGCGGUGGAGGUGCCGGCAAUGGAGGAGGAGGAGGAAGUGGUGGAGUAACUAUGGGUAUGGGCAUGAGUGGUGGUGGUAGUGGACGGAAUAUGGGUAUGAUGGCUCAGCCCAUGGCCACGCCAAUGAGCAUGAGCGCUCCCCGCUUCAACGGCGGGAGUCAUCAUAAUAUUAAUAACAACAAUGGAGGAGGGGGAGGGCGAAACAAUGUCGGUGGUAUGAACAGUAUGCAUGCCGUCCCAAUGAGCAUGCCCGGCGCGGGCAUGGGUAUGGGUAUGGGGAAUAUGGGCAUGGGUAUGAAUCCUGCGUUGGGGAUGGGGGUCGGAAUGGGCGGUGUUGGGAUGGGGAACAUGGGUAUGGGCAUGGGUAUGGGAAACAUGGGUAUGGGUAUGAACAACAUGGGUAUGGGCGCGGUGCCUAUAGGCGUUGCAAAUCCGAAUGUUCACAUUCAUGGAAACGGGAACGCGGCGCUGAUGGCGCAGCCUAUGAGUGCGGCGGGCGGUAUGAGUGGCGGCGUUCCACUUUCAAUCGCCCCAGCGCCGUCGGUGUCCUCUUUCGCAGGUGGAAUGGAAGAUGUAGUGGGUGGCGGGGGCAUGGGUAUGGGCAUGGGCAUGGGCAUGGGCAUGGGUGUGAACAUGGGCCUGGGGGCAGGGAUGAAUUUAGGCGCCCGUAACCGCAGCGGGAUAAAUAAUAUUGGUAUGGGAGGAGGCGGUAUGGGUGGCAUGGGUAUGGGUCUUGGAAACAUGGCGAUGAACAUGGGCACCGGAAACAUGAAUAUGGGAAUGGGGAACAUUAACAUGGGUAUGGCCAUGAAUCCUGGGAUGAUGCAGCAGAUGGGCAUGGGUAUUAACCACAACCUCCAACAAAGCCAGCAGCAACAAUGGGAUCCUACGGUGAUGAGUAUGGGGAUGGGGAUGGGAAUGGGAAUGGGAAAUAUGGGAGGGAUGAAUCACCAACCCUGGGGUGGUCCUGGUCAGUUUUGA